CGGCCGAAUCAACAUGGCGGCUGUCUGAGUUUAAGGAAGAGGCUAUGUGUAAAUAAAAACACUGGUAGCGAUCUGCACAUUUGUUUUUUUUCUCUUGUCAUUUUUCGUGCUUAAUGAGAUAUUACACGGCAAAUAGAAAAUGUCAAACGACGGCAACAAAAAACAAUUCUGGAAAAGAAACACAGCCAAGGUUCCUGGCAGCAUACAACAUGUUUAUGGAGCACAGCACCCCCCCUUUGACCCUUUACUACAUGUCAAUAUGGUGAAAGCUGGGACCAAGGGACCGGCUACACCAGGAAAGCCCAAGAAGGCCACCACAUUCCAGGAGUUUGAGAGCAUCACCAGUGAUGCCUGGGACGUAGGGGAUGACGAUGACGAGCUGCUGGCCAUGGCCGCCCGCAACCUGAACAUCGAGGUCGUCAUGGAGACGGCCAACAAGGUGAUCGAGAACCACAGCAAACUACAGAAGCAGCAGGAGGGUGUGGCGGAUGAAGAGGAAGAGGAGGAGGAUGAAGAGCGUGAGUCGGCAGUGGCGGAGGAGUUGCAGUGGCGGCCGCAGCCGCCGGCCGAGGAGGAAGGGGAGGAGUCAAGUCCCGGGUCGGUCCUGACAGAAGCCAGCCCCGGCGGCAGGAUGGUGAAAUCACUGAGCGAGGCCCACAUCGGCUUCUCCAGGGAGGGUAUUGAGGAGAAGGUUUCCCUCCAGCGGCAGCGCUCCCUGCCCCAGCGCCCCGUCGUCCCUCUGGUGGCCCGCAUGGCUGACCAGAACACGUCUGGCACCCCCGCCAUGACGGAGAGGGAAGCGUCACGCCUGGACAAGUUCCGGCAGGUUCUGGCCGGACCAAACACCGACCUCGAAGAGCUACGGAAGUUGAGCUGGUCUGGGAUCCCUCGGCAGGUCCGGCCAAUCACGUGGAAGCUGCUCUCGGGCUACCUCCCGGCCAACGCCGAGCGGCGGGAAAGUACUCUGCAAAGGAAGAGGCAGGAGUACUUCGGCUUCAUCGAGCAGUAUUACGACUCCCGCAACGACGAACACCACCAGGACACCUACAGACAGAUCCACAUAGAUAUUCCCCGAAUGAAUCCGGAGAGUUUAAUCCUGCAGCCGAGGGUCACUGAGAUUCACAUUGACAUACCGAGAACUAAUCCUCUCAUUCCUCUCUUUCAACAAGCUUCCGUGCAAGAGAUUUUUGAGCGGGUCCUCUUCAUCUGGGCUAUCCGACAUCCGGCCAGUGGCUACGUGCAGGGCAUCAAUGACCUGGUCACGCCCUUCUUCGUGGUCUUCGUCUUCGAGUACAUCGAGGACGAGGUGGAGCAUUUCGAUGUGUCCAGCCUGAAGGAGCAGGAGCUGCGCGACAUUGAAGCUGACAGCUUCUGGUGCAUGAGCAAGCUGCUGGACGGCAUCCAGGAUAACUACACCUUCGCCCAACCUGGCAUCCAGCGCAAAGUCAAGGCUUUGGAAGAGCUUGUCAGCCGCAUUGACGACUCAGUGCACCGUCACCUGCAGCAGUAUGAGGUGGAGUACCUGCAGUUUGCAUUCCGCUGGAUGAACAAUCUGCUGAUGAGGGAGCUGCCCCUUCGCUUCCGCCGGCUGGCGGUGUCAGGACAAGGACAGCUCCGCCUCCGCCGGCUGGUGGCCGCGGUGGGCCUUCCCCAGGGUCCCCGGAAGGCAGAACCUGAGGGGUUUUCACACUUCCACCUGUACGUCUGUGCUGCCUUCCUGGUGAGAUGGAGGAAAGAGAUUCUGGAAGAAAAGGAUUUUCAGGGACUCAUGAUCCUGUUGCAGAACCUACCCACAAUGCACUGGGGCAACGAGGAAGUGAGCGUUCUCCUGGCGGAGGCGUACAGACUGAAGUUUGCCUUUGCUGACGCUCCGAAUCACUACAAGAGAUGAGCCUUGCCCCCCCCCCCUCUUUCCAUGGUACUGCUGAAUUCUAGGUGUCAUCUCCUAGCCUCUUCAAGCUGCACAGCUGUAAUAAGAUUCAAAGUGUGCUUUUUUGGGUUCUGUGUGAAGGUCUUACCGAUGCCUUUCAAGUUCCCUG